AUGGUGUUCGACGCGUCGGCGAAGACGAAUAACGGAAUGUCCUUGAACGACGCGUUAAUGGUAGGACCUACAACUCAAGACACGUUGUUCUCGCAUUUGAUUCGAUUCCGCACAUAUAAUUAUGUCAUCACGACAGACAUCGAAAGGAUGUAUCGCCAGGUGUUAUUGCACGAAGAUGAUCGCCGAUAUCAGAGAUUCCUCCGACACGUAGAUGGUAGAGUUAAAACAUUUCAGCUUAACACGCUCACAUUCGGUGUUUCGCCUUCUUCCUUCCUCGCGAUUCGAGUUUUACAGAAACUUGCGGAGGACGAACGUCAUGAGUAUCCUCGAUCGGCCGAGAUUCUUACCACACAUCUUUAUGCAGAUAAUUUGUUAUCCGGCGCGGAUACGAUUAUAGGGGCGCGCGCCGUCCGUAACGAAAUAAUCGCGUUACUGAAACGGGGUGGUUUCUCCAGAAGGCAACGGGCAUCCAACGACGAGCGCGUUAUUAACGAUUUAGCAUCCAACGCGUUACACACUAAACUCGUGUUAAACGUGGAUCGUUCCGUAAAGACGUUAGGUAUAACAUGGAAUACGCGAGACGAUCAAAUGCAUUAUGCGGUGCGUCCGAUCGAAAUUACUCAAAGAUUGACAAAACGAAACAUAUUAUCGGAAAUUGCAAAGAUUUUUGAUCCGAUAGGAUUACUCGGUCCGAUUAUUCUAUACGCUAAAAGGUUGAUGCAAGACAUAUGGCGUUCCGGUUUACAAUGGGACGAAUCUGUCCCACAAGACAUAUAUACGGAGUGGAAGGAAUUUGUUCGACAAUUAGAAUCAAUAAAUCGCUUUACUUUGAACGUAAAUUGCUAA